AUUUAAUUUAAUUUUGCAACUUAUUUGAAUUAGUUUUAGUAUAUUGGUUUAAAUGUUUAGCUACAUGCCUAUUAGGCUAAAAAAAAUAAAAUAAAUAAAAAACAUUUCACAGAUAAGGAAAAAGAUCUCUAUCAUUUCUUAGCAAAACAUUUUUUCAAAUUUGUAAGUAGACAGGAUAUAACUGCUCAGUGCGGUUACAGUGGUGUAGUUAAAGUUGAGCCUCAAACAGCAUCUACACACAGUGGUGCCAUCCACACACACAACUACCUUACAAAAUGGCCUCUAAAAGACCCAAAAUCUACAAGAAGGAUAAUGCCAAUGAGACAGGCAAGAUGGACAGAAAAGAUGUUGAGGAGAAGAUCGCAGUCGUGAGAAGCCGCCAUGUCAGGACAGAAGCAGAGAACGCCUCACGACACCAAACAAGCAAACACACAGAUUAUUUGAGGAUCCGAAAAGCAGCUCCAGUGUGUUUGGUGCUGAUGUGUGUUGCUAUGCUGACUGUUGUCAUAGUGAUGGCUGUCAAUCUCUACACGAUGAUUGAAGAGUUUUACGUCAAAAACACAAACCACACCAAUGAGAUAAAAACCUUAAAACAAAUAAAAGAAAACUUACAACGCGUUAUUAAAAAUUUAGCAGAAAGUAACAAAGCCCUAAAGGAAGAAAAUCCAAAAAUACAUCAAAAAGUGGAAGAACUAAGGAAACAGAUUAAUAAAAUGGAUGGAUGGCGGUGCAAUCAAUCCAGUCUUUACUUCAUUUCAUCUGAGAAGAAAAACUGGACUGAGAGCAGACGAGACUGCAAAGAGAGAGGAGCAGACCUGAUCAUCAUAGAAAGUAAAGAGGAACAAGAGUUUGUAGAAAGAGAAAUUGGUGUUUCUGAUUCAGUCUGGAUUGGUCUGACUGACAGUGAGUUGGAGGGCACAUGGACAUGGGUUAACGGCACUAGUCUGUCCCCAGGGUUCUGGGGAGCAGGAGAACCAAGUGGUACCAGCACUAAUGAUGAAGACUGUGCCGUUAAUCUGCCUUUAGGCUUUGGGGAUUACCCCUGUAAAAACACAUUUAAAUGGAUAUGUGAGCGACAAAAUUAAACAAAUAAGAAGGAUUUCAUUAAUUAAAGGGUAAAAAUGGAGCUGUUACAACAUUGUCUCAUUUGACUUUUUUUAAAAACAGCCCCACAAGUUCUCAUGAAAUAAAAAUCUGUAGCAUAAAAUAUUAAUAAUUGUUUAAGAUUUCAUUAUAAUUUGUGAUACACUCAAUUGCAAAAUUAUUCAUACCACUGGUAAAUUCUGACUUAAUGUUACUCUAAUUCAACCAGCAAGUUUUCUUCUGAACUGAAAUGACACAGGCUUCUCCUCAAAGAUAAUAAGUGAAAAAAAAUCUUAGAUUGUUUUUAUAGAUUUGAACAAAAAAGUGAGAAUUUGUUUGAGGUAUGAAUUAUUUUGAGCUUGUCUGUUUGUGUAGCUUUUCAUAUUUCCAAAGCGGAAGUGUAUACAUGUUUCAAUAUUAGUGUACAAACUAAGUAAGUUUGGGACAUGGCAAUUUGUUUAAUUAUUUUAUUUGUUUUAUCAUUAAAUUUAGUAUUUUUGUGUCUUGAUAUGUAUUGCUUUUUGAGUUGUCUGAAAUCUCAUUCAGAAUUAUGAACAUGAAUUAUGAAUUUUAAAUUCAACUGUUUUUUCUUGUUUUUUUUUUUGUAUGAUUUACUAAUGUGAUUUUUGGUGAAUUACAAUGAAUUCAAUACUGGUCAACUUUACACACAGCAUGCCGGACCUGUUAAUAUCACAAAUGUGCUAUGACAUAAAUGUAUAUUUGAAUAGUGUUGGAAAUUAAAUGAACUACUAAUAUUAAA